ACUUUGCACUUGCACUUUAGCGCUCAUCUGGAUGGACAACCUGUACUGCUCCGGGUAUGAGAGGCGACUUGAGGAUUGUCCAUUUGAUGGAUGGAAGAUACACGACUGUAAAGACACAGAGGCCGCUGGCGUCGUCUGUCAGAAAGGAGAUGUACCAACUGGUGGAUCGUCUUCAAGGUCUUUUCACCAUCAAAUAGCCCUCCAACAACUCCCAGUCAAGCUUGACCCAAGAAAUGUUUUGCUUCGACUCGCUGGAGGGCGCUCGCCAUCGGAAGGAAGAGUAGAAAUUAAAGUUCCAGGAAAUGGAUGGGGAACAGUGUGUGGGGACGGCUGGGAAAUUCUGGAGGCGAAUGUCGUUUGUAAACAGUUAGGCCUUGGGUUCGCCCAAGCAGCAUUACAGGUGGGUGUAAUAAAAGGUUUAAAAUGA